AUGAAGUUAGACGUCAAGCGCCAGCUCUAUGCUCGCAGUGAGCGAGUCAAGGGCAUUGACUUUCACCCUCACGAGCCAUGGAUUCUUACUACCCUCUACAGCGGCCACGUCUACAUCUGGUCCCAUGAAACCCAACAGAUCGUCAAGACCUUUGAGCUCACCGAUGUCCCUGUUCGCGCCGGUCGAUUCAUCGCCAGGAAAAACUGGAUUGUCUGCGGUUCCGAUGACUUCCAACUACGAGUCUACAACUACAACACUUCCGAGAAGAUCACCUCUUUCGAGGCGCACCCCGACUACAUUCGAGCGAUUGCCGUCCACCCCACACAGCCCUUUGUGCUGACUGCCUCCGAUGACAUGACCAUCAAGCUCUGGGAUUGGGAGAAGGGAUGGAAGUGUGUGCAAGUCUUCGAGGGCCAUGGUCACUAUGUCAUGGGCUUGGCCAUCAACCCAAAGGAUACAAACACCUUUGCUUCUGCCUGUCUUGACCGAACUGUCAAGAUCUGGAGUCUUGGAUCUUCCACUCCCAACUUCACCCUUGAGGCCCACGAGACCAAGGGUGUCAACCACGUCGAUUACUACCCUCAUUCCGACAAGCCCUACCUCCUUACCACUUCGGACGACCGAACCGUCAAGAUCUGGGAUUACACCACAAAGUCCCUGAUCGCCACUCUCGAAGGCCACACCAACAAUGUCUCGUUUGCUUGCUACCACCCCGAAUUGCCCGUCAUUAUUUCUGGUUCCGAGGAUGGCACGAUAAGAAUAUGGCACGCCAACACAUACCGAUUCGAGCAAUCGCUCAACUACAGCCUGGAGCGAGCCUGGUGUGUCUCAUAUCAAAAGGGCAAGCAGGGUGUCGCUGUUGGUUUCGACGAUGGUGCCGUUGUUGUCAAGCUUGGUCGUGAGGAGCCUGCUGUAUCGAUGGAUACCUCUGGCAAGCUCAUCUGGGCCCGCCACAAUGAGGUGGUCUCUUCCAUUAUCAAGGGAGGAGAUGCCUCCAUCAAGGACAACGAACCGAUCUCGCUUCCCACCAAGGAUCUCGGCACUUGCGAAGUCUACCCCCAGACACUCAUUCAUUCCCCCAACGGUCGAUUCGUCGCUGUCUGCGGUGAUGGCGAGUACAUCAUCUACACUGCCCUCGCCUGGCGAAACAAGGCUUUCGGUUCAGCACUCGACUUUGUUUGGGCUUCCAAGGAGAACAGCAACGACUUUGCUAUCCGAGAGUCAGCCAUGAGCGUUAAGAUCUUCAAGAACUUUAUUGAGAAGCCCGGUGGUCUUGAUGUUGGUUUCCAGGCUGAGAAACUCCACGGUGGUGUCCUUCUCGGUGUUACCGGCCAGGGAGGUGUCUCCUUCUUUGACUGGAACACUGGUGGUCUUGUUCGAAGAAUCGAGGUUGAGCCCAAGGAAGUUUACUGGUCUGAUAGUGGAGAGCUGGUGACGAUUGCCUGCGAGGACACCUAUUACGUGUUGCGAUUCUCCCGUGAGAAUUAUGUCGACGCCGUUCAGUCUGGACAAGUCGAGGAGGAUGGUGUCGAGGCUGCCUUUGAGGUUAUCACUGAUAUCAGCGAAUCUGUGCGAACUGGCGAAUGGAUUGGCGACUGCUUCAUUUACACCAACAGCACCAACCGACUCAACUACCUUGUUGGCGACCAAACCUACACCAUCUCCCACUUCGACAAGGCCCAGUACAUUUUGGGUUACAUUCAGCGCGACUCACGAAUCUACCUUGCCGAUAAGGAUGUCAAUGUUACCUCCUUCGGUCUGUCCCUCCCUGUGCUUGAGUACCAGACUCUUGUUCUUCGAGAGGAUAUGGAGACCGCUGCUGAGUUGCUACCAACGAUCCCUCAAGAUCAACUCAACAAGAUUGCGCGAUUCUUGGAAGGCCAAGGACAUAAGGAGCUUGCGUUGGAGGUUGCAACAGAUCCCGAGCACAAGUUUGAUCUUGCAUUGUCAUUGAACGAGCUUGCCAUUGCUUUGGAGCUUGCUCGUGAGGCCGAUGCCGAUCAUAAGUGGAAGACUGUUGGUGACGCUGCCCUAUCAGCCUGGGAUGUUGCCCUUGCUGCUGAGUGCUUCACUCAUGCCAAGGAUCUUGGAUCUCUGCUUCUUCUGCACUCAUCAACAGGCGACCGCGAUGGUUUGACUGCUUUGGCCGCGCAAGCCUCAGCGGCUGGGUCUCACAACGUUGCUUUCUCAUGCCAAUGGCUUCUCGGCGACAUCGAGGCCUGCACAAAGAUCCUCAUCGACACUGGCCGACUUGCUGAGGCCGUCAUGUUCUCUCAAACUUACCAGCCCAGCUUGACUGUGCCAGUGGUGCAUCAGUGGAAGGAGAAUCUUGAGAAGAACAAGAAGGGUCGGGUAGCUAAGCUGGUCGGUGUGCCUGGCGAGGAUGAUGAGCUCUUCCCCGAGUGGGAUGAGUGGCUGAAGCUUGAGAAGGAAGGUGGCGCAACAGAAGCCAUUAAUGGACAGAAGGACGAGUCUGAACCUGAAGCCGAAGCUGAGGCUGAAGAUGAUGACUCGGAGGAGGAUGAAGAGUAG